GCUGUGACAGCAUGGGAUUUCCUGUAUGGGCAGAGUCGAUCUGGGAACUGGGAAGGGAGGAGGUGACAUGGCUGAGCUGUAUGUGAAGCCGGGUAACCGGGAGAAGGGCUGGAAUGAUCCUCCACAGUUUUCAUAUGGGCUUCAAAACCAGCCAGGGAGUGGCAAACGCACAGCGCUAAAUAAAAGGGUGCCUGUACCUUUACAGGGCUCCCCUCCAGCAGUUCCUAUUUCACAGUCCCUUCCAUCAUCCACUCCUCCAAAGAUGCCACCGGCCAGCCUGGCAAGUAGUGUUGGAGCUCCACCCACUGGACAAGUUGUCUCACCUCUGAGAGCAGAAGGAGUAAAGCAGUUUUCUAACCAGUCUGAAUCGGAGUGUGACAUUAAUGUAAAGGAUAUUUUAGCACCACUAAGUGAAACCCUAGACGCCUGUAAGGAUCUAAUCACGAAACAAGUUUUUAAUGACAUAAGUCGGAGGCUGAAAGUGCUUGAAGAAAUGUGGAACAGUGAAAAAUUAUCUUCUCCUGUACGCAAGAGAAUGAGUAUCCUAGUAAAAGAGCUAAAAUGUCAGAACUGGGAUUCUGCUGACGAGAUUCAUAGGUCUCUUAUGGUGGAUCAUGUCACUGAAGUUAGCCAGUGGAUGGUUGGAGUAAAACGUUUAAUUGCUGAAGCAAGAAACCUUCCUGAAGAUCAUUUAGUGACUAAAGACGAGACACCAGAAGCCUCUUGCGAACAUGAAGUUAAGCAGGACAAAUAAGUAGCACAUUUGCUCUAUUACACAUUCCUCUUUUUAGCAACUUGCAAUUUCUGUGGUGCCAUACAAAACACUACAUAUAAUAAAGUAUUAACCCUUUGCUGCUGCAGGAACAUGGCCAUUACUUUUCUAUUUGUUGUAAGACCCGUUGGUCAUGAAACAACAAACUGACUUUUUUCUAUUUAAAAAGACAAAAAAAAAUUCUUGGUGGGAAUUUUUCCUUAAAGUGUUUAAAAUGCAUUUAAAGUGAUUGUCAAUCCUAGCGUUUUGUGAAACGCUAGGAUUUACAACUGGAGCCAAUAAAGGGGACUUUCAGUCAUAAAGUAAACAAAUACUUCAGGCUGAAAUCUCCUUUUUGUAUCAAGCGUUAGCCACACUGAGCUGCUCAGGCAGCCCACGGCAGAACUCAGUUUUACUGAAAGGUCACGUUUUCACCUCUUAGCCAAUAGCUGUGCAGGAAAUACGGCUUGGCGCCAUGCGCGCUGGAUUUCCGACAUGGCUAUUUGCUAAGAGGUGGAAAUGUCACCUCUCAGACAAAUAGCUUUCUGCCGUGGGCUGCCUGAGCAGCUCAGUGUGGCAAAUGCUUGAAACAAAUAAAGGAGCUUUCAGCAUGAAGUAUUUUAUACUUCAUGAAUGAAAGUCCCUUUUAUUUGUACCAAUGGUUUCACAAACGCUAGGAUUGACAAUCACUUUAACAUCAGUUUAAUAUUCUUUGUGAUGAAUUUGUAGUUUUAACAUUUCUUCUUAAUGUAGCAAUCAUUCUAAUUAGUAUUUUGUUUUUAUUUUGACUAGUAGUAUUCUAACAAGGCUGUAAAUGUGCUUUACAAGGCUGAAAGCAAAUGAACAAAAAAUAAUUAAACUUCCCUUAAUAUUACAUUAGCUGUGUUUUUCUGACGGUGGCUUCUACAAUCAGUCUGGUUAUACUGGGUGCUUUUUAUUUUCAUAUCUUCUGUAUAAAUCAGCACAAUUUUUUUUGGGGGGAGGAAACGAUCACCCUGAUUAGUUAUAUUUACUGAGUUUGCGUGUUUGUUCUGCCAUUUGACUGUCAGGUAAUUACCUUGGGCAGCAUUUUGAUCCUGUGAUGAAAUACAUGAUAUACAUUAUUCAUAAUGCCAAGAGUACAAUUGGAGAGAUGUUGAUACCAUAUGUGAAUUAAUAAAAUAUUUAUUUGUUUUUUCACUUGAA